ACAUGGCCAGCUUGCAUUCUAUGGAUUAUGAUCACUUCCAUGAUUUCCAUCCCAAAACUCCUCUUCUACCCAGUUUCAAAUCCAUCUUUCUUCAGAUGGGUGUCAAUGCAGGAGUGCGUAAUUUGCUUUGAGAAUUUUUUUAUUUUAUAGCUACAGCACAUCCAAUAAUGUUAUUUCUUAUUAUUUCCCUUUCUAUAUUUGAAUUUUCCAUUUAUGUUUCUAAUCCCUUACUGUGGAGUGAUUAGAAAUCACGUCAUGAAGCAUUCUUGAUUCAAUGUAUCUUCUGCAUUGAUGGUUUCUUUGUAGUCUCUUUAAAUUUGAGCUGCGUUCUUUAAUAUAUUCUUCAAACGGGUUUCAUUCUCUUCUGGAAUUGGGUUAUGUUUUCUCCAUAAUAUCUCCCCAAGUUCGGUUGUGAUUUCUUCCGGCUGUUUCCUUUUCGGUGUUCUGCCAUGGGGUUUGAUUCAGGGAGAUUGGUUGUAAGCUCCAGCAAAUUUUCUGUUUCUUCAAAGAAACAGAAGUACUGGAGCAACAAUAUUGUUGGAAAUGCAACUGCGGUUCCUCAUAGCUUAAAGCCCAUUGCAGGAAAUAGUCAAGAGAAGAUAUCCAUUAGCGGGUUCAGGGAUUCGAGGACUUCAAAUUCAGGGAAUUUGAAAUAUCAAAACAGCGGGAAGGAUUUCGGUGGACUCACUAGGCAUCCCAACGUGAAUACCCGAAAAGAUGUGAAAGGUAAUGACAUCUCGAGUCCCACUCCUUCCCCGUUCCCAUCUUCUCCUUGUGAUUCAAGAAAACGCUUGUUCCAUCUUCCCUCCAUCUCAUCCCAUGAAGGGAGCCCAAAAUCUGCUAGGAUAGACUGCUCAAAAACCCCUGUAUCCCUUGGUGGAGGGAAUGUCCCCAAUGACAACUUUUGCAAUACCCACACUGGAUUUCCAACACCCAAAAGCCCCAACACUAGAAGCAUCCUUUCAUUUGGAAACAUAUAUAAAGCUUCCAAAAAUAAAGUCUUGCAGAACGACCCGCAUCACACUAAAUAUGUUCAGGUAAAUGGUGUGCCUGGCAUUGAAGGUAAGAUGGGUUUGGGAGCACCUGAACCAAGUCAAUCAAGUAAAAAUGUUUUAGGCUUUGGUGGAUGUAAUUAUGGUCAUGGAAGCAUCAUGAAGGGUGUAAAGAAUGUGGAGAACCUUUCAAAUGUUUGUGAAGUUACCAGAAGUAAAGCCUUGGCAGAAAAGCCCAACUGUCGAGUGGUUCCACAUUUUGAGAGUGUGGAAAAGCUUAAAAAUGCAGGAAACCAAGAAUACAGAAGAGGACGCUAUAGGGAGGCAAUAUCCUUUUAUGACAAAGCUAUUGCUUUGAAUUGUCAAAAUGCAGCUUGCCAUAACAAUAAAGCUGCAGCUUUGGCUGGCCUCGGCAAGUUUACAGAAGCGGUUGGAGAGUGCCUGCAGGCCAUCAAUUGUGAUCCAUCGUAUUCUCGUGCUCAUUACCGACUGGGAACCCUCUAUACCAGGUUGGGCCGUGUGAAAGAAGCAAAAUGGCAUGUCAAGUUGUCGGGGCAUGAUUUAGGUUCAGAGGCCAUGCAGCGUCUUCUGCAUCUUGAGGUACAUUUAACAAAUAUGCAAAAAGCCAGAAAGGUUCAAGAUUGGGACUAUGUUUUGAAAGAAAGCACUCUAUCUAUUGAAGCCGGAGCUGAUGCAUCAAACCAGGUACUUGCUGCUAAAGCUGAAGCUCUAUUAAAGCUUCACAGGGCAAAGGAAGCGCUCGAAUUAUUGAUGGAUGCAAAGAAUUCAGAAGAAAGUAAAUCAAGAAAAGCUGGUGAAGAGGCACAAUGCUUGCUGAUAAUUGAAACUCAGAUCAAUUUGUAUCUUGGAAGGUUCGAGGAAGGGGUUCUGGCUGCUGAACAGGCUGUUAACUUGCACUCCAGUUCUAAGUCAUUAAUGUGGCUAAGAAAAGCUAGGGGUGUUGCCGAUGCUCGAAAAGCUGGAAAUGAAUUUUACAAAACUGGGAAGUACUUGGAGGCAUGUUCAUUGUAUGGCCAAGGUCUGCAGCAUGAUCCUACAAAUUGCGUCUUGCUGUGUAAUCGAGCUGCUUGCAGAUCUAAACUUGGGCAGUGGGAAACAGCUAUCGAUGAUUGCAAUGCUGCUUUACGAAACCGUCCUGACUAUUCCAAAGCACUUCUACGCCGUGCUUAUUCUAAUGUCAGGCUUGAACGUUGGGAAGAGAGUCUGAGGGAUUAUUCUGUAUUGAGCAAGGAGAUGCCUGGAGAUCACGUCAUUGCGGAUGCUCUUCUUCAAGUCCAGAUGGAGCUGAAAAAGGCCAAAGGAGCAGGUGCAUACAACAUCGAGCUCUGGCCUCUGAGAAGCUAGCCCAUUCAAACUGCCUGGAAACUGCCAUAGUAAAUAAGAGCAUUCACUAUUUUAAGAUUGAUAUUGAUAUUAUUUUUGUCCCUAUAUAUUUACAUGUAAAGAACAAAGUGUUCUUUGGCUUCUGUUCAUGUGAUGCCAUACCAUAUAGGGCGAAUGUAUAGUUGAUAGAAAUUCUAUGCUACAAAUUUUCUUAAGUAAAAAUGCAGGGUUUUAAAAUUGUAAACAA